GAUCCACUUGACCAACGCUGCUCUUUCCUCCAGAGGCGACGUUUUAUCGGUUUCCAAGUUUUGUCAAUUUCAUUGCCCAUUAUUACUAAUUCGAUCUCGUCAUUUCGACACUGUUUCUACAAGACGCCAAGCAAUCUAGCCGAAAGCGGAUUCUAAGAAUCGAUCGUGCCGUCAGUUUUUCCUCAGUUUCUUCAGUUUCGAGUGUUUUCGAGCCUCAAACUCGCGAUGCCGACUGUAGCACAUCGUACGCUGGGUUCCGACGAAUGAUCAUUCUGCGAUGUUGGCGUCGUUCAUCGAGAUGAUAUCCCCGGAGAUCAUCUAGCGCCGGGAAACGCAGCCAUGGCCACUUCGUCCAAUCCGCCGGAUCUGAGCGACGCUCUGGCCAAGAGCCACUUCUACACCGGGCUGGCCCUGGCGGUUAGUUCGAGCGUCUUCAUCGGCUCCAGCUUCAUCGUGAAGAAGAAAGGGCUGCUCCGCAUCAACAAACAGGGGCAGACGAGGGCAGGUGCAGGUGGCUAUGGCUACCUCAAGGAGUGGGUCUGGUGGACCGGGCUGAUCCUCAUGGCUGUAGGGGAAGCGGCCAACUUCGCAGCUUAUGCAUUUGCACCUGCAUCUCUGGUUACUCCAUUGGGGGCUCUUAGUGUCCUAGUCAGUGCCCUUCUGUCUUCCAAGUUCCUGAACGAGCGGCUCAACCUAGUGGGCAAGGUGGGCUGCCUCUUGUGCAUCCUGGGCUCCACGGUGAUUGUGCUGCACAGCCCCAAGGAGGGCAACGUGGAGAGCAUGGAGCAGCUCGGCGCCAUGAUCACCGAGCCUUCCUUCAUCGUGUACGUCAUAUUUGUGGUGACGGUGACGAGCAUCUUGACGGUGAUUUAUGCGCCCAAGUACGGCACGUCCAAUGUGGUGAUCUACGUGGCCAUCUGCUCGGUGAUUGGCUCGCUGUCGGUGAUGGGCUGCAAGGGCCUGGGGCUGGCCCUGCGGGAGAGCUUCGCCGGCCGCAACGAAUUCACCUCCUGGGUCACCUGGGUCUGCCUGCUGGGCGUGGUCGUCUGCAUCUCCAUCCAGAUGAACUACCUCAACAAGGCAUUGGACGUCUUCAACACAUCUGUGGUGACCCCCAUCUACUACGUCUUCUUCACCACCUUUGUGUUGAUUGCGUCGGCCAUUCUCUUCAAGGAGUGGGGCAACAUGACUGCUGAGGAUCUGAUCGGCAUGCUGACAGGAUUCCUGACGGUGGUGUGCGCCAUAUUCCUGCUCAACGCCUUCAAGGACUGGGACGUGUCCCUGUCCAGCCUGCAGGGACUGCUCCAGAGCACGAGGGAUCAGCGGGACGACCUCACGGCGGCGCUGCUGGAGGAAAGGCCGGCGCCCACGGUGCACGGCGUUCCGCUCCAGCACCAGGCCGAGGGCUACCAGCGCAUCAACUCCAAGGACGAGCCACUGGGCAUCACCGUGUCGAGUUGAUCCCCAACCUUCAACAGCCCGGGCCUCCGCACCUUCGGGCGAACGUCAUGUUGUUUCGCAGCGGGAGAAAAUACUUUUUUCGCCCUGCUUUUGUUGUGUAUAUGUAAAAAAAUGUUGUAUAAAGAAGUUACUACCUAUUUAAAA